AUGUUGAUUUUGAUAUUUUUGUUGUUUGGUGUUGUUAUGGGAUGUAAUGUUCUUCCACCAAUCAAAUGCGAUGAGGGAUGGACUCCAGUUCGAAGAAUACUUGGUGGAUGGUGUGCGAGAAUAGGAGAACUCACAAUCUUGGGAGGAGAGGAAUGUAGCGAUAUGAAUGGAAAUCUUUCGGGAGUUGAGAGCAACAACGAAUUGAAUAUCUAUAUGUCAAUGUUGAGGGGUAAGAUUACAAAAAAUUGUAUUUUGAAUGUAAGGGUAUUUUUCGCAUAGUAAAACCUCGAGUACACGUUUUGAUUUGUAGUGUUGUAUGAAAACUGAGUUUUUAUGAGACAUUUAACGAAUAAGUGAUUUUUGACAAGAUACACUUUGUUUAAAGAAUCAAAUAUAACAUCUGCUUAUGUUGGUGGAUUUGUCAAGCUGGAUGAAUGUUUGUGUGAAGGAAAACUAUGUAAUAUAACCGAAACAUGUCAAAUUCCAUCGGUCUGGUCUUGGAAUGAUGAGUUUGUAGUUGGAACUGAGAUGUUGAACACGUUAACACCACAGUUUGUGAGUGAAAAUAAGUAUGCAGCUAAUAUAGCUGUUUCAACUGAGAACAACAUUGGAUUGAUUGAUAGUCUUGAUACUACUUCCAUCACGCUAUCCUACUUUUUCUGCGGAAAAAAAUCUAACUGA